AUGAUGUCUGGAGUUUUGUCACCCCAUGCUGUGAACUGGGACCUGAUGGCACAGUCUCCUUCAGCCCAGCACACCAGGGAACCUCAUGGCUGUGGAGAUGUGGGCAGAAGUUUCCUAAUAGAAAAUCUAUUGAGGGAUGUUGAGAAACCUGCUAUGAAGUAUGUCCCUGUGGCUUGCAGCACUUUGCCAGUAACACUGUGUCCUGCAGCGGAACAAAUCAGCCCCUUGGGAGGUACAUAUCCUGCAACAUGGGCUUUUCACCUCAUUAAUCUAUCAGAUGGGCGGCAGCUUCCCUACCUCCAAACAGCUGCUUUCCCCCCCAACACAGGUGUCUCUAAAUACUUCCAUCUUCAAUCACUGCCAUUCUAUGCUGCCUGCUGUGGUAGGUCCUGUCAGCACCCAACCUCCCCCACUGCUUUUCCAAGAAAUGAACAUGAACUCCGUCUGAUACCAGAAGAUUCAAACUCCAAAACAAGAAGAGUAAUCUUAAGACGAGCAGUAUUUUCUGAUGAUCAGAGAAAGGCUCUUGAGAAAAUGUUCCAAAAACAGAAGUAUAUCAGCAAAGCUGACAGGAAGAAACUUGCCGUAAAGCUUUCUUUAAAGGAAUCUCAGGUAAAAAUCUGGUUCCAGAAUAGAAGAAUGAAAUGGAGAAAUUCCAAAGAAAAAGAAGUCCUUUCCAAUCGCUGUUUAAAAGAAGGACAUUUUGAAGAAACAUACUCACAUGCAGCUCCGAGCCAUCGGGCUGUGCAGCACCACUUGAAAGUUCUGCAAGUGGAGUGGAAGUUUGCCAACAAGCAAGGUGAAAUUUGCAGAGUUAGAGUACAAGACACCAGGUUGGUGACCUUGCAACCCAACACAGAGACUAUCAUCUGGUGUGCGCAUGCCGGAGUCAAGAAUAGAGACUAUCAAGCCCUGUUGAAGCCUCUGCAACUAGAAGACCACCCUCUUGUUAGAGCUGUGAGAAGCCUUGCCACUGUUACCAACAGAAUAGUUCCAGUCCGGUUAGUCAACUUGUCUGAUCUACUGUUUUACCCAAAUACACCCCAGUAG